UCUUGAAAAGGAGUUGUUCAGUAAAGUACAGACAAUUGACUACUACACUACUGUUUUGAAGAUAAAAGGGCUAGAACACAUGCCUCUCGGGUUUUAUUACUUUGGUGAAUAUAUGGAUGACCCUGCAACAAUUGGCCAUCCGGUGGCAAUGCAGAGAUUCUAUGCUGACACUGAUAUAUUUUUGUUCUGGUCUUAUGGCAACUCCGUUGAUAUUAUGGGGCCAAUGGUCACUGAGCUUGCAGUCAAUGCAGUUAAAAAUAUGGGGGGAGAAGUAGAGAAGGUGGUUCUUCAAAGGCGAUUUAAAUACUUUCCUCAUGUUCGCAGCCAAGAUAUGAAGGACGGAUUUUAUGAGAAACUGGAAUCUGAACUUCAGGGAUUGAAGAACACAUACUAUGUAGGUGGGCUCAUGGCAUUUGAGCUUACAGAGAGAAAUUCAUCAUAUGCCAUGGCUUUAAUCUGCAAGCACUUCGCAAAUAACAAUUCCUUGCCAACGUUUCCUUAUGUUAAGACUCUCUUUCCCUUGCAAGAAAAAUGCUGGAAGAGUCCAAUUGAAUUAGAAGAAUUUCCAGGAGUAGAAUUUCCUCAUUUUUUUUCCCUUGACGGCUAUUUGAAGCACUGGGGAACUCAUGGAGUCACUCAAAACAAAACCCUCUAUACUUGGAUUAAUGAAGAAGGGGUGGCGAUGUGCCAAAGGACUUAUGGAGAACUUCAUGCCAAUGCUUCUUGCAUUGCUCAGAAGCUCCUGACCAGUCGAAAACCGGUUAUCAAGCCUGGUGACAGAGUUCUCCUAAUCCAUGUCCCAGGUCUGGACUUCAUUGAUGCCUUCUUUGGAUGCCUAAGAGCUAAAAUCUUACCAGUCCCAGUCCUUCCCCCGGAUCCUUUGCAAAGAGGUGGGCAAGCGCUUUUGAAAAUUGAAAACAUUGCUAAAUCAUGUGGUGCAGUGGCAAUUCUGUCAACCAUUGGUUAUCACUCAGCAGUUCGGGCAGGUUCUGUGAAGAAUCUGAUCUCUUUGACAGGAAAGAAUGGGAAAUCCACAGCUCGCUGGCCUAAUCUUCCAUGGUUGCACACAGAUUCUUGGAUUAAAAGCUUCUCCAAGAACCUGGUUUCAGAAGAUCUAGCUGAUCAAUCUGAACCUCAGUCAAGUGAUCUAUGUUUUCUGCAAUUCACUUCAGGUUCAACUGGUGAUGCCAAAGGCGUCAUGAUAACUCAUGGUGGGCUCAUUCAUAACGUGAAGUUGAUGCGAAGGAGAUAUAAGAGCACCUCGAAGACUGUACUAGUAAGCUGGCUUCCCCAAUACCAUGACAUGGGAUUGAUUGGAGGACUAUUUACAGCUCUUGUUAGUGGUGGAUGUGCAAUUCUAUUUUCACCAUUGACAUUUAUCAAGAACCCACUCUUAUGGCUUGAAACCAUUAGCAAAUAUCAGGCUACUCACACUGCUGGCCCCAAUUUUGCUUUUGAGCUAGUGAUUCGAAGACUGGAGUACUCUGACAAAGAUAAGGUUCACAAAUAUGACCUUUCUUCCAUGAUUUUUCUAAUGGUUGCUGCUGAACCAGUGAGGCAGAAAACUCUAAAAAGAUUUGUUGAACUUACCCGUCCUUUUGGCCUCUCUCAAGAGGUGAUGGCUCCUGGGUAUGGCUUGGCAGAAAAUUGUGUUUUUGUAAGUUGUGCAUUUGGGGUAGGGAACCCCAUUGUCAUAGACUGGCAAGGGAGAGUUUGUUGUGGGUAUGUGGAUCCAAAUGAUGCAGAUGUUGACAUCAGAAUAGUCAAUGCAGAGACUGGUGACGAACUUGAAGAAGAUGGACACGAAGGAGAGAUAUGGAUUAGUAGUCCAAGUGCCGGAAUCGGCUACUGGGGUAGGGAAGAAUUGAGCCAUAUAACUUUCAGAAAUGAGCUUCAGAAUCAUCCCGGACGUAAAUACACUAGAACUGGAGACUUGGGACGAGUCAUUGACAGAAAGUUGUUCAUUACUGGAAGAAUUAAGGAUCUUAUCAUUGUAGCUGGAAGAAACAUUUACUCAGCAGAUGUAGAAAAGACAGUUGAAAGCUCAUCUGAACUUAUACGCCCAGGUUGUUGUGCUGUCAUUGGCGUUCCUGAGGAAAUCCUAGAGGCGAAAGGGAUUUCAGUUCCUGAUGGGUCUGACCAGGUAGGUUUAGUUGUGAUUGCAGAGGUUAAGGAUGGUAAACCUGUUGGCAAGGACGUUGUAGAACAAGUUCAAGCCCGUGUUGCAGAAGAACAUGGAAUCAGUGUUGCUUCAGUCAAGCUGAUUAAGCCCAGAACCAUCAGUAAAACAACGUCUGGAAAAAUAAAGAGGUUUGAAUGUCUGAAACAGUUUGCUGAUGGAACUCUAAACUUGGUACCAGAACCAAUAUUGUCAAAAAGAACGUUGGUCCGCUCUUUCACUACAGGAACUUGUAAGGAGGGAAAAACACCUCGGCCUGAGCUAGUGAGAAGUUCUCUUCUACCAAGCCCCCCAAAGCUGAGUAACAAGGAGAUAGUGGAGUUCCUGAAAUGCCUAGUUUCCGAGCAAACAGGUAUUCCAAUUAAGAACAUCUCUGCCGCAGAGAAUCUCGUGUCUUAUGGAAUUGAUUCGGUUGGAGUGGUCAGAGCGGCUCAAAAACUUUCAGAUUUUCUAGGAGUGCCAGUUGGGGCUGUAGAUAUCUUCACUGCAACCUGCAUUUCAGACUUGGCAAGCUUCUCAGAAAAUUUACUAAUGAAGUUUCAACCGCAACUCAUGAGCUGUCCAUCUGAGACUCCAGAAACUGAGAUUGAUUCCGCCAAGCUUGUGAUGGAGAUAUCGAAGUCCCGGCAAUUGGGUAUCUGGUUGUUCCAACUUCUGGCUCUUAUAUAUGUUUCUGCCAUGCUGGUCUUUCCUGCUUAUUUAUCAAUAUCUGCCUUUAUAAGUUCCAUUUCGGCGAUCCAUAUGGCAAUAGAUGGAAUUCCCUGGUUGCAUUGUUUGAUUUCCCUGACUUUAGCUCCUCUUGCUUGGAUCCUUUGCAUAUUAUCCACAUGCAUUUGCAUUGCCUUCUUUGGAAAUUCUUUCUUAAGACCAAACUAUGCCUUGACCACUGAAAUUCCCAUCUGCUCAAUGGAUUUUGUUAAGUGGUGGGCACUUUACAAAGUCCAAGAAGUUUCUUCCAAAGUUCUGGCAGUACAUCUGAGAGGAACAGUGUUUCUCAAUUACUGGUUUGAGAUGCUUGGAGCAAGAAUUGGAUCCUCAGUGCUGCUUGAUACUGUUGACAUCACAGACCCAUCUCUGGUUUCCAUUGGAGAUGGAGUUGUGAUUGCAGAAGGGGCUUUGGUCCAAAGCCAUGAGGUAAAGAAUGGAGUCUUGAGCUUCCUCCCAAUCAGAAUCGGUCGAAAUUCUUCAAUUGGCCCUUAUGCUAUAAUCCAGAAAGGAAGUGUUUUGGGAGAAGAGGCUGAGGUACCACCGUUGCAAAAGUUUGGCGGAGGCAAACCUCUAUUUAAAUCUGCUAAGGCUAACAAUGUUCAGAAGGGUCCAGUAGCAACAAAUGUUGCCAGUAAAACUCAAACUGAGGCCAUUUACCACUUUGUCGGCAUCUAUUUAGUUGGUUUACUCAGCUCUCUCUCAGCAGCUAUUAUCUACUUUGUCUACAUUUGGCUAUCUCAAAAGCCUCUUUCUCUUCAAUCCUUCACAUUUAUUUGCAUAGCUGGAAGCUUCCACUGGAUUCCAUUCACAAUCAUUGCAUAUUGCUUGAUGUUUGCUCAGGUCCCUUCAAAGUCGACUAACUUUGCCGUCACAAUUGCCAGUGCAUACUUACUUCAUGGCAUGAUACUCAGCCUACUCACAAGUGCUUUAACUCGGUUACUAAGUUGUAAACAAGAAACAAAACAGUCCCACUUGAUAACUUGGCUUCGCCACCGAAUUACCAUAGCCUGCCACCUCAGAUUUACCAAGCUCCUAUCCGGAACAGAGGCAUUCUGCAUGUACUUACGCCUUUUGGGUGCAAAAAUAGGCAAGCAUUGUUCUAUCAGAGCCAUCAACCCAGUUUCAGACCCGCAGCUAAUUUCAAUAGGCGCUGGAGUCCAUCUUGGUGAUUUCAGCAGGAUCAUUGCCGGGUUUUAUUCUUCCAGUGGGUUUACUAGUGGGGAAAUUGAGGUGCAUGAUAAUUCAGUUAUUGGGAGUCAAAGCCUAAUCCUACCUGGUUCAGUUGUUCAAAAUGAUGUUAUUCUUGGUGCACUUUCUAUUGCUCCAAUGAAUUCAGUACUCCAAAAGGGUGGUGUUUACAUUGGGUCUCAAACUCCAGUCAUGAUUAAGAACACAAUGCAUGGUUUGGAUGAAAGGAUAGAAGAGAUGGACCUGAAAUACAAGAAAAUAGUUGGUAAUCUUGCUGCAAAUUUGGCUGCCACAACUCUGAAGGUUAAAACAAGAUAUUUCCAUCGAAUUGGUGUUAGUGGGAAGGGAUUCUUGAAAAUUUAUGACAACAUUAAAGGUUUGCCGAAUCAUAAGAUCUUCUGUCCAGGAAAAAGCUACCCUGUCAUUGUUCGACAUAGCAAUAGCUUAAGUGCUGAUGAUGACGCAAGGAUCGAUGCACGUGGUGCAGCAGUGAGAAUUCUUUCAGAUAAAUCAGGUGGUCACUCCCCACUCCUUGACCUGACACUAAAAACAGGCAAGGCAUUUUAUGCCCGUACAAUUGCUGAUUUUGCAACAUGGCUAGUUUGUGGGCUUGCUGCAAGGGAGGAGCAUGUUAAGCGAGUCCCACAUGUGCGUGAUGCAGUCUGGACUUCCCUUCGUCGAGCUGACUCAUAUGCUGAACUGCAUUACUACUCAAAUAUCUGCAGGCUCUUCCGGUUCACAGAUGGACAGGAGAUGUAUGUGAAGUUCAAGCUGCGGCCUUAUGAUGAAACUAUCAGUGAGGAUUUUGGUAAGGUGGAGCCUAUUGGAAUUCUCCCACCUGAAACAGGUGCAAUUCCUAGGGAUGACAAUGACACUCGCCCUUUGCUUUUUCUUGCUGAAGAUUUCCAACGCCGUGUGAGUUCACCUAGUGGGGUUCAUUACAUUUUCCAACUGCAAGUCCGGCCAGUCCCACAUGAUGAGGCCACCCGUGACAUUGCACUUGACUGCACCAAACCAUGGGAUGAGGCCGAGUUCCCAUAUAUCAAUCUUGGGGAGAUUAGUAUUGAUCAAAAUCUCUCCAAGGAAGAAUCACAAGGAUUGGAGUUUAAUCCAUUUAUUCGAUGCCACGAGGUUGAUGUCAUUAGGGCUUCAUCAUGCUCCCAGAGUGCUUCAAUUGAUCAUGGUCGUUCGUUGGUAUAUGAGAUUUGCCAGCAGUUGCGGAAUGGGAAACCUCUUCCAGAGUCUUGGAGGAUCUUUCUUGAACAAUCUGACGUCAAAGUAGAUCUUUCUGGUUGUCCAAUGGCUGCAGCAUUGGAGAAGAAAGACAUAAAAACAGUGACUCUUGCCAGGACUUGGUACCAAACCUUGUGGGCUAUUUUUGCUCAACCAUUACUUCAAAUAGUUCUGCCUUAUUUCAUGAUGGGUUUAGUAAUAUUUACUCCUCUGAGCUGGGUUAUGAACUUGAAGGAUGCCAAGAAACUCCCACUGCAUUGGUUGCUUCCUUUCUUUUGGGUGUGUUCAGGCUUUCUGGCUGGAUUAGCAUGUGUUGUUGCAAAAUGGGUUCUUGUUGGAAAGAAGAAAGAAGGUGAAACAAUACUGAUUUGGAGCACACGAGUCUUUAUGGACACUAUAUGGCAGGCCUUUAGAACUUUAGCUGGGGACUAUUUCAUGGAAAUGACGAGUGGUUCUAUGUUGUUUGCACUGUGGAUGAAGCUCAUGGGUUCAGAUAUUGAUUUGGACCAAGGGGCUUAUGUGGAUAGCAUGGGAGCUUUGUUGAAUCCUGAAAUGAUGGAGAUUGAGAGGGGUGGAUGUGUGGGAAGAGAAGCUCUACUAUUUGGACACAUAUAUGAUGGUGAAGGAGGGAAAGUAAUAUUUGGAAAAAUAAAGAUUGGAGAAGGUGGGUUUGUUGGAAGUAGAGCUGUGGCAAUGCCUGGGGUGAGAGUGGAGGAUGGGGGCAAUCUCAGUGCUCUCUCCCUUGCCAUGAAGGAAGAAAUUGUUAAGUCAAGGUGAAGGGUUGUUGCUUAUAUAUCUCAUCCCUUUUUUCUUUUAAGCGCUUAUGUCUCAUCUUUAAUGUGACAUGUAGCAGUCUUUUUAUGUUUACAGGGUAUACAUGUAUGUAUGUAUAAUGGCUGGUCCUUUCAAUAAAUUACCAACACUAAAGGGAUUUAAAAGAUUAGA